AAUAUAAGAUAAUUAUAAUUAUGAAUUCUAAAAGUUCAAGUUUAUCGUCUAUUUCGGAUCUUUUUCGUCCAAAUAAUCCUAAGAGACUCAGGUCAAGAGACUUGAGUAGUACUCGCCUUAGCGUACUGAAAAAAGAAAUACAAACUGACAUGCAUCUUAUACCAUUAAAAGACCUUUUUGUAUUACUUGGGACUGAUCCUGUCCAAGGAUUGACUAGUACUCGAGCUGCGGAACUGUUGGAGUAUUAUGGUCCUAAUACACUUACUCCUGCAACGCAGUAUGGAUGGCCAAAGGUUCUAUUUAAGUCAUUGUGUACAGGGUUUUCCAUUCUGAUCUGGUUGGGGGCAUCAUUAUGCCUUAUUGCAUAUUUAAUUGAAAUCUCCACAAAACCAAAUGCUAGUUCUGAUAAUUUAUACUUGGGAUGUGUACUUAUCGCCGUUGACGUCAUCUGCGGACUUUUCAGUUUUUAUCAGAAUUAUAAGAGCUCUAAAAUUAUGAAAACAUUCAAUAAUAUGAUACCACAGUACUCAAACUGCAUACGAGAUGGUGUGCUCAAUUCCGAAACGCAGGUUCAUGAUCUGGUCAAGGGUGAUUUAGUGCAGGUGAAAAUAGGAGAUGUUGUACCUGCCGAUAUACGUAUUAUAAACAGCAAAGGAUUCAAAGUUGACAACUCUUCACUGACUGGGGAAAGUGUUGCUGUACCACGUAGCAACAGCGAAGGCACAGCAAACAUACUAGAGUCACCAAAUGUUGCUUUCUUUUCCACUCAGUGUGUUGAAGGGUGGGCAUUAGGUGUAGUGAUGUGUUGUGGAGACUUGACUGCCCUAGGCCGAGUAGCAGGCUUGGCAGCGCGGUUGCAGCCGGCACCAUCACCACUAUCACGGGAGAUCAUACGCUUUAUGCGAUACGUAUCGGCGUGGGCUCUUUUACUUGGCUUGUUCAUCGCUGGUUCCUCUAUCGUACUGGGCUAUCCCUUUAUGCAGACCACAGUUUUUGUUAUUGGUAUUAUUGUUGCCAACGUACCUGAAGGCCUCCAACCAACAAUUACUGCUGCUUUAACCUUAACAGCACAACAUAUGAUUAAGAAAAAUUGUCUUGUUAAGAAUUUAGAGGCAAUAGAAGCUCUUGGUGCGUGUACCACUAUUUGUUCAGAUAAAACUGGAACAUUAACUGAGAACAAAAUGUGUGUACAACAUAUAUGGAUGGCUAAUGCCAGUUAUUUCGUUAUGGAGCCAGAGUUUAAUAGUUUAAUACAACACAAUCUAGCUUUUAGAGACCUAAAAAACUGUGGCGCGUUAUGCAGCACUGCAACUAUAAAUACUACAGGAGAAAUACAUGGUGAUGCAUCCGAAACAGCAAUUUUAAACUUUUUUGGCAAAUACGAUGACCUCAAGUCCAUUAGAAAGAUACUUCCUAAAGUUGCAGAAAUACCUUUCAACUCUGUCAAUAAAUAUCAGGUUAGCGUUCAUCUAAAUAGUGUCACAUCUACUUAUCUAGUUGUGAUGAAAGGUGCGCCUGAAUGUAUUUUAACCCGAUGUACUACAAUUGCAUUGGAAAAAAAGGAUGCAAGUCUGACUACCGAAAUUAGAAAAGCAGCUGACACAGCAUGCGAUAAUUUAGCUAAUACAGGUGAAAGAAUAUUGGCAUUCGCAGAUUUAAUUUUAGAUCCAGCUAAAUAUCCUUUAAAUUACAACUUCGAUACAGACAAUCUAAAUUUCCCAUUAGAAAAAUUACGUUUGCUUGGCAUAAUGGGAUUGAUGGAUCCACCCAGGAAAGAGGUUCGCCGAUCAAUCGAACGCGUUCGAGAAGCUGGAGUUCGCGUAAUGAUGAUUACAGGUGACCAUCCAGCCACCGCUCGCGCUAUAGCCCUAGAAGUGGGCAUUGCCACUACUGAAAACUGUCAUGUUCUCACUGGAUCUGAUUUAAGAAAUAUGACACCGGAUUUACUGAAUUGGACAUUAGAAAAGCAUUAUGAAAUUGUAUUUGCAAGAACAUCUCCAACGCAGAAACUUCAGAUAGUGGAGGCGUGCCAACGAAGCGGCGGCGUGGUGGCGGUCACAGGAGACGGUGUCAACGAUGCGCCUGCGCUGCGUCGGGCUGACAUUGGUAUUUCAAUGGGAAUUACAGGUUCACAGGUAUCCAAACAGACAGCGGAUAUUAUUUUAAUGGAUGACAACUUUGCCACUAUUGUUACGGGAAUAGAAGAAGGAAGAAAAAUAUUUGAUAAUUUAAAGAAAUCUGUUUGCUACAUUUUAAUAUCGAAUGUUCCAGAAAUUUUACCUGUCUUAGUGUUUAUUCUGUUUUCUGUACCAUUACCGUUGGGAGUCAUGACUAUACUUUGCGUGGACCUCGGCACGGAUAUGUGGCCAGCUGUGUCUCUAGCGCAUGAACCUGCCGAGUCAGACGUGAUGGCGCGGCCGCCUCGCACCUCUGAUCCGCUUGUAUCAUCCCGCAUGUUAACACUUGUGUACGGACAUCUCGGCUUAAUCGAAUUCACUGCUGGCAUGUUUGCUUAUUUCAUUGUUAUGGCUGAACAUGGGUUUUAUCCUGCCGAAUUGUUCGGUAUAAGACGAUACUGGGACAAUGAAGCAAUUAACGAUGUUCGCGACUCAUUAGGCCAGGAAUGGACUUAUGCUGAGCGUAAGGAAUUGGAGCGGGCAUGUCAAGCCACAUACUUCGUAGCAGUAGUCGUCAUGCAGAUUACAAACGGAAUUAUUUGCAAGACUAGAUACAAUUCACUGUUCCACAUUGGUAUGCGGAAUAAAGUGCUAAACUUCGGUUUGUUGUUUGAAUUUGCAUUAUCUUGUAUGAUAUGUUAUAUACCAGGUGUCAACAAUUUUUUCCGUACCUACCCUUUGCGAUGGCGUUGGUGGUUUUUAGCUCUACCAUUUUCAGUAUUAAUGUUUAUAUUUGAUGAAUUAAGAAAAUACUGUAUCAGAAGGAAGAUGUUUGGAGGCUGGUUUAACAAAUUGACUUAUUACUGAAUAUGUUUACAAAGUUUAUGACGAAAAUAUCUAUUAUUAGGUAA